AGCAACAUCCUGCAGACAAGGCUCAGUGGGGCCUUUGCUUUUUGAGGUAAAGCUCAAAGAAGAUGAUCUCUCCAGCCUCUCGUGACUAGGAGAGCUGUCUCUCUGCAAGCUGCAAGGCAGUUUUGGAGCUGAGAUCCCAGCAGUGCUGUCAGCAAGUGAGAGCCCUGGGGCAUUUAGUACACCCCAGGGUACCAAGUGGGUUAAGUGCCUGGUCCCAUAGCCCUGCCCCAGGAGGAGAUGGCCACCGAGAAGCCAGUGACUCCCACUGAGGAGCAGCUGGAGAUCCUGGAGUACAACUUCUGCAAGGUGAACAAGCAUCCUGACCCCACCACGCUGUGCCUCAUCGCAGCUGAGACCGGACUCUCUGAGGAGCAAACCCUGAAAUGGUUCAAGCAGCGCCUGGCAGAGUGGAGGAAGUCUGAAGGGCUGCCCUCAGAAAGCGGGUCUGUCAGGGACUAGAGGAUGCUUCUCUGAUCCCCAUGCCUGCUGUAAAUGAUGGUUAAGCUCU